UGGCUAAUACGUUAGGUGGCGUUUUAUACUGCGUUCGUAUACUGUUGUUGUUCCAAAUCGGUCAAAUCGGAAUCCAAAAGAAUCCAAAAUCAAAUUACCAGAAACCAGAACCAAAAAACCAGACCGAACUUCAAGAUGUAAAUUGAAAUUUGUGUUUUCUUUGGAUAACAGCUAUUAUCACAAUUGAAAAUUUGAUUGUUCUUUUUUUUUUGCUCAACAACCAAAUCGAAAAAAAAUUCGUGUGAAAUCACCAACGAGUGAAUUUUUAAAGAGAAAAAAAAUGGCUCAAAAUCUUUAUUAUUCAUUAUUGUUUGGAUUUUUGAUUUUUUUUACUACAUUUUUGAUUUCACAAUCAUUCGAAUGGAACAAUCAAAUACAAUUGACAAGAAAAUUAAGUCCAUUACGUUCAUAUAAGGAUGGUCAAUUUUUUCGUUUUCAAAUACCACCCGACUUAACUCAGGCUAUAUUUCGUUUGAAUGCAUCACAAUCUGAUCAACCAAUCAAUGUAACAAUGAUGAUGAUACAAAAUUAUCAUUAUUCUGCAUUGAAUAUAACACAUUUAUCAAAGGAUAAAGAUCCUUUAAUCAAUGUUUCAUCGACUACAGAUUACAAUUGGCCACCAUUACCUAGUUGGAUUAAUCAAACUAAAAUAGCUAAUUAUACGGAAAAAAUCAGAAAAUUUUAUCGAUCAAUAUUAACAACAGCAUGUCGAAAACCAUUAAAUGUUAAAUUCUAUCUUCGUUGGAGUUCAUUACCAUUAUUAUCGGUGAAAAAUGCAACCAUACCUGAUAAUUUUAUAUUUAAAAAUUCAUCGGAUCAAUAUGUUGUUGAUUUAAAAACAGAUGGUAAAAUUGUUGAAUUAAAUCUUACUAAUCCAUUACCCGGUGAUUGGUAUGGUAUGGCAUUUAUUAAUAAAACUAAUGAUAAAAUAUCACAAAAAGGUUUAGAACAUGAAUGUUAUUAUCAAUUUAAAUCAAGUCUUUCAUUUUUGAAUGAUCCGAUUCAAACAAAUCGAAUAACUGUAUUAACACCAUCACAUACUAGUUCGUUGAAACAAUCAUUGAUCAUUGAUCAACAGAAUAUUCAACCAGAACUUUUUUAUAAAUUCUUUCUUAAUCUACAAGAAUCAAAUGGUGUUAAAAUUGUAAUAACAAACUGCCAAUAUCGACCAUCAUCAUCAUCACAGUUAUCGGGUGUUAAUAUUCGUCAUCAUCAAUCUAAUCAAUCACCAUCAUACCAAUCAUCAAUAUUAAUGAAUAAUAAUGGUUAUGAUCAACAAUCGAUAACAACAAAUAAUAAUUCUACAUCUACAAUGAUGAAUAUGACCAAUAUAAUCUGUCCAAUUGAAUUAAAUUUUCGAUCAUUUGCACUGCCAAAUUCAACUAAUCGAGAUUAUACAUUCAAAUGUCAAUCAACAACACCAACAACAACAACAACAACAAAUCAAACAAAUGUUGAAAUCAAUAAUAAUAAAUGUAUUAUUGAUUUACCUAGUUUUGUACCGAAUCAAUGGAAUUAUUUACAAAUUGUAUCAACAUUGAAUCAAAUGAUCAAUAAGAAUGAUGAUUAUCAGAAUAAUAAUAAUCAUCAUUAUCAUCGAUCACAACAGAAAACAAUAUUCGAUCAACAACAGGAACCAUAUCGAACAAAAUUAAUGUUUGGCUCAAUCAAUUUUACUAUACAACUUCUUGCCGGGCAAGAAGCAUUCCUUUAUAAUUAUUUUAAUGAUCAAAAUUGUCAACAAAUUGGCCAAAAUCAAUCACCACCAAAUCAAUCACCACCAAAUCAAUCACCACAAAAUCCACAACAACAACAACAGCUAGCAAGCACAACAAUAUCAUCAAAUAUAAUGCUAUUGAAUAAUUAUAAUUUCCUAACAAAUAAUAAUAAUAAAAAUAAUGAACAAUUAUCAUCGUUGGUUGAUGAUAAUGAUGAACAUCAUAAUUCAAUUAUUGAUAAGCCGAUAAAUUUUCUAUCAACAAAUCAACUUUCAAAUAAACUUGGAACAUAUAAUAAUAUCGGCAAAAAUCAAAGUAAUAAUUCGAACAUACGACCGGCUGUUGGCCAAUAUCCAUCCAUUGUUAUUGAUACGGAUGUUGAAAAAUCAUCAACCGUAUCGAUGAUUAAUAAUAAUUAUGAUUCAAUGGAAUUUAAUGAUGAAGAUAACAAUGGUGUUGGUGUUGGUAGUGAUUUUAUCGAUAUUGAUCGUAAUCAAAUCAAUAAAAGAUCUGCUGAUCAAAAUCGUGAACGAAAAAAAUUGGAUAAAAAAGCUAAAGAAGAACGACGAUUGAAAAAACAAAAACAAAAAAAUCGUCAACGUAAUCGUGAUAAAGCAUUGGCUGAAAAACAAUGUCAAUUUGAACCAACAAAAAUAAUGGCUACAUUAGAUGAUGAUGAUUUGGUUAAUAUGACAACAUUUACAUGGUAUAAUCUAACACGUUAUCAAAGUUCGGAUGUUUUUACAUUCCGUUAUAGUCCAAAAAUAUUGAAUGAUGAAUCAUCGAAUGACAAAAAUCAAUCAUAUUCAAAUUCAAAUCAAUCGGAUUUUAUUGAAAUUGAUAAUGAUCGAUUUGCAUUGUUUAAUUUUACCAUCAUACCACAAUAUGAUAUUGGUGGUAAUUUACAAAUAGAUUUUGCCAUUUCACCAUGGACUAAUCAUAAUGAUACACAUCAAAAUGUAACGGCAAUACUUUGUUUAACGCACAAUCGUUUACCACCAUUAUCAUUAUCAUCAAAUGGUAUUCGUUUUGAUGAACAUUGUUAUGGUCAUCUAGUAUCGAAUACAUCACAAACAAAUUUUACAACAAUGGGAUCAUCAUUACAAUCAUUAAUAGUACCAUAUCCACAAUCUGGUACAUGGUUUAUUUCAAUUCUAGUACGAUGUUAUAGUAGUAAUGAUGAUGAUAUUGAUGAUGAUUUUAAUUCAUUAAUGAAUACUGAUUUCAGCACUACAAGCUGUGAUUAUUUGAAUAAAACAUCCAUUAUGAUUGAUAUUCAUUCAUCGGCUUGUUUAAAUAAUCGUUGUUUGAACAAUGGUAAAUGUCAACAAUAUUUAAAUGUUGGAUUACUUUAUUCAACAUGUUCAUGUCGUGCAGGAUGGAAAGGAUUAAUUUGCAAUGAUGGAAGUGAAGCAUUAUCAUCACAAAAAUUACUUACCAAUUUUCUUUUAUUGACUAUUAGUAAUGCAGCAUUUUUACCGGCAAUUGUUUUGGCUGCAUUUCGUCAUUAUUUUACCGAAUCGACUAUCUAUUUCAUUACAAUGAUCUCAUCGGCGUUAUAUCAUGCUUGCGAUAGCGAUUUUUCACAAUCAUAUUGUGUAUUAAGUGUUAGUCUAUUACAAUUUGCUGAUUUUUACACAGCAAUAUUAUCAUUUUUUGUUACAUUAUUAACAUUGGCUUGUUUAUCACCAAGAUGUAAAUCAUUUUUUCAUCUAAUGGGUGCUAUUUCUAUUGCUUUGAUUACACAAAAUGAUCGUACAAGUUUAUGGACAUUUGUUAUACCGGCUGGUUUAGGAACAUUAUUAAUGUUUUGCUGUUGGUGUUCACGUUGUUGUCGUAAAUCCUGUUAUCCACCGGUACGAUGUUGGAUAUUUUCCAUAUGUCCAGCUUUAAUUUUAACCAUUAUUGGAUUGAUUAUCUAUGCAUUUCUUGAAACACAAGAUAAUUAUCCAAUUACUCAUAGCAUCUGGCAUUGUGUUGUUGCAUUGGCAUUAUUUUUGGCCAUACCAUCGAUGCCCACACAAACAUCUUCGGAUAAUGAUGAUGAUGAUGAAGAACAUGUCCAUUUUAUGAGUUCAUCAGGUAGCUCAACACAAGGAGCAAGUGCAAGUGGUAAAGGUACAUCUAAAACUACAACAACAACUACAACAACAAAGUUAUAUGGAAAAGAUUUAAAAGAAUAUGAAAAUUUAAAUGUUGAAGAUUUAUUAGGACAAUUAUCGGCUGAAGAAUUAGAACAAUUAAGUUCAGAAGUUGAUCCAGAUGAUAAUCUAUUACCACCAUCACAACGUUGUAAAGAUCAAACAAAUAAAGAUCCAACUGGUCCAUUAAAACGAAGGCAAUUAUUAAAUUUUUUAACAAAAUUUGCUAAAGAACAAGAAGAUUGGCCUGAAAUUAAAAAAUUUAUUCCCGGUAUUAAAUUAGGCAAAGUAUGGGUACCAAAAAAAGGCGAUCCAAAAGGUGGUAUGGAAGAGAAAAUAAUUUUGGAUUUGGAAGAUGGUGCUGAAGAAGCAUUAGGUAAUGCAACUGAAGCUGAUUUAGUUGAUUUAGCCGGUAUACUUGGUUUACAUUCAAUGCUCAAUCAAGAUCAAUAUGAAGCAUCAAUAUUGAAUAAAGGACAACCAUUAGGAGAUAAAUUUGAAUCAAUUGUUAAAUCAACUAAACCGAAAAAACUUUUACCACCUGAACCGGAUAAUAUGACUGAUCCGGAAAAAACAGCAAAACAAGUGGCGGAAAAUGAUCCAAAUUUAACCAAUCUAAAUUGGAAUAAUAUUAAAUACAUACCACGUGAAACAUUUAAAAAAUUAUUUAAUGGUUUAAAGACCAAUACUAAUUUGAUUGAAUUGAAUUUAUCAAAUACCGGUUUGACUGAUGGUCCUGCUGAGAAAUUAAUGGAAGCAUUAAAAGAAAAUGAAUCAUUACGGAAAAUAAAUCUGGAAUCCAAUUACCUGUCCGGUCCUAUGAUACGUGAUCUAAUUGAAUCAUUAUUACAUAAACAAAAUGUUAUUGAAUUCCGUGCUGCAAAUCAACGUCCACAAAUAAUGGGAAAUCGUUAUGAAAUGGAAAUUGCCAAAUUAAUUCAACAAAAUAAAACAUUAUUAAAAUUAGGUUUGAAUUUUGAUGUACCGGAUGCACGACAUAAAGUUGCAACACAAUUACAAUCAAAUAAUGAUAAUUGUCGUCUUAAACGUUUGGCUUCGGUCGAAGGCUAAAACCAACUAAUCAAUCAAAAAUGGCAGCAAUUUAAAAAAUUAGUCAAAUUAAUUUGAUAUUUUGUCAACAAACAGUUGUGUCUUGUAGAAGUUUUUUAUCUCAAACUUUUAUUUUUUCCAUCAAAAUUUUUCAAAGUAAUUACGAUGCCGGUUUCAAACACAAAAUUCAUCAAUUUAAUACACAAAAAAAAACCAACUUACAAAAUUCAAGAGAUGAUAAUGAUAAGAUAUAUAGAAAUG